AUGAGAGCGACAGAAUGGGUCCUAAAGCUGCGAAACCAGCGGGAAGGACGAAAACGACAAAAAGAACAAAGUCAAAGUGAAAGUCGCCACCAGGAAGAAUGCAUAACCGACGCAAUUGAGUCAUUGAUGUUUUCGCAAUGCCAGUACGGCGAAGUGUAUGGGAUUGAAGGAAUAAGCUGUUCAGGAAAGACAGAAGUUUUAUAUCACCUUGCGGGAAAUGCGUUGGUAAAGUCAACGGAAACUUUGGUUUUGGUAGUGAAUAGCGAAUGGGACUGGAACCAAGAGCGACUGUUGCAAGUGUUGCACGAGAAGCUUAUCCAAAAAGAAAAGUGUUUGGAGACGUGUGGCUGCGGGAAAGAGAGUGCAGACGAGUUUUCUUCGCAAUUGUCGUCGGCGUCAUCGAGCGAAGGAGUGGAAGGAACUGUGUUGGAACCGGAAAGAAAAGACAGUUUUGGACAAGCUACGAAAGGAGAAACGACGAAAGCGAUAGAUGAAAAACAAACAUGCAGGAUUUGGAAACGCUCAAAAGAAAUCGUACAACGACAAUGCAUGAUGGUGUGGCCUACGGAAUUCGAUGGAUGUUUGGAAAGCAUUCCAAACAAUGCGGAGGAACUGGGAACGAUAUGGAAACGACACCAACAUGGAGAAGGGGAGCCUGUACCGCUUGGAUUUCGAGAAGAUAAAGAGGAAAGAGCGGCGAAUGGAGAACGAUUUGGAUCACAAAAAAUACGAGGAAGCAAGAUGCGUUUAGCGUAUAUAUUUGUAGACGGAUUGUCGUCUUUUUAUUGGCAAGUGAGAUUGGAACGAGGGUAUGGAAAACGGUAUUUGGAAUUGGAACGAAAACUUAGAAAUGCAUCCAAGAUGCUGGGUUGUCGGGUGGUGUGUACGAAUUGGUGUUUGAAUGGAAAAGCGCAUUUGCCAAUGAGUUUAAAAACGUUUCGAACCGAACGGCGAGCACAUACUAGGUUUUACUUUGAACAGCGCCAGACAAAAUUGGGGUGUUUGUUUUUUAUAGAUGCCAAAGGAGUCGCGUAUCACAAACUAGACAAGGGGGAGAAUUCGCAAAAGAGCAUGAUGGGAUAA